GUCAUACUAUUAAUCCCGUAUUUACAAAGUAAAUUAAUACUCCAUAGAGUAUUAUUAAUUAUUAUUGUAAAAAAAAAAAAAGAUUUAACUGUUUACAUUAUAUGCGUGUCAUUAAUCUUCCUCUUUUUCUUAUGUUUUCACUUUGUUUCCCUCAAUGGAAGUUCUCGCUUUAACGCUGCAUCCCCUCUGUAUUUUUCCCUCUCUCCUCCAUUGUAGCGCACUUUGAAUUCUCCAUUGAAGCGCACUUCUGAGCUUUUUCUCCUUUGAAGAAGCUUUUAAGGAUUUUGUUUAUAACCUUUAAUAAUGUUAGAGCAGAACAAUGAAAAUGUUGCUUCUCUCCCUGAGUCGAGGGCGGCCGCCCCGGCUCAGGGACGGGCCUCGAGUAGUGGUAAAAGUGAUUCACAAGCCUCAGUCUCAGGUUCAGAUGCUUCUGCGCUGAGGAGGUCAACUAGGGGUCAGAAUAAUUCGAGUCCGGUUAGUCUGAGGAAGUCUCAGAGACUACAAAGGCAGUCGCCACCUGCCACCCCACCCUCUUCUAAGAAGAAGAAAGCUGGGGAUCCAAGCCCAUUGCGAAGGUCGGUGAGGGAGACUAAGUCUCACUCUUUAAUCUCCAAGGAGACGGGGGAGAAGGGUUCACCGUCUUCUAAAGGUUCGAAGAAGCAGACUAAGGGUUCAACUGUGUUAGACUCUUCAAACGAGAAGAAUCAGAAGCAAGAUAAGACUUUAAAGCAGAUUGCACAGGAAGUUAAAGAUAGGGGUAAGCAGAAUUGCAGUUCUGAAGUUGGUAAUAAGAGGAAAAAGAGGCUAGAUGCUCGGCGUUACAGAGACAUGUUUAAGCCCCUUAAGAAGAGCAAAGUAUCAGAUUCAGAAUCUGAUAAAAAGAGCAGGCUGGAAAAUUGUGAUGACAGUGGAGGUAGCGGUCAUGAGAAAAUCAAAGAAGAGGAUCAAGAGCGUAGUGAUGGAGAAGAAAUGAAUGGAGAUUGUGCAAAGGACAUAGAUGAUGAUGCUGGAGAUUCCAAUUCUUGUGAAAUCGAAGAUGGAGUAAUUCUGCUGGCGUCUAGGGGUCAUGAUGUUGGCUCUCCAUCCUCUCCUAGGAUUGAGGCUGUGCAAAAAUCCGACAAAUCUAAAGAAGGUCCAGUGAAUGGCUCUGCAAUGGAAAAUCUUUCCAACCAGAAAAUGCAGUUGACUCUGGACAAGCUAUCUGACGAUGGUGAUGGAUCUGGAUGUAGUGAGAGAGGGAUAAGUCUAGGGGCUUCUGCUGUUAGAAGUGAAGGUACAAGCAAAUGUGCCAUGGAUGUUGCUUCCUCAGUAUCAUCUUCAUGCAAUUUAAGCAUUUUUGCUGAGGACUGUGCCAAAUGCUUAAGAAAGCGAAGGCUGGACUAUGAUUCUCUGGAGGAAGAGCUUUGCUGCUGUCUUUUAAACACUAUAAAUGACAUCGAUAAUUCUAAGGAUAGAAGGCAAUGCUGGACUGUUGUUACUACAGAAUUUGCUGAGGACCUUGGUCGAGGUGUCAAGCAAAGCGUUUCUAAGCUUGAUAUUCAGCGGAGUACUUGUGUUACUUGCAAACUUGCAGGAAAACUCUUGCACUGUAGCGGGAAAGGAUGUGGAAGAAGUUAUCAUCCUCCAUGUUCAUUGAACCCCGAGGAAAAUAUAUAUCUUUCAAAUUGGUACUGUUCUGACUGCACUAAGAAACAGUUGACCCUUGGUGUUCAUUCUGUGUCUGAAGGCAUAGAAUCAAUUUUGGAUGUUAGAGAAGUGGAUGUGUCAAAUACUGAAGGUAGACAGAAACAAAAGCAGUGCUUUGUCAAAUUUAAAGGUCUUGCUCAUACUCAUAAUCGCUGGGUACCAGAAUUACUGUUGGUUCAUGAAGCCUCAGAACUUCACGCAAAGCUUGGCAAAGAGAAAGAGGACUCGCAGUGGAAUCCAGCUUUGGCUGUACCUCAUCGUUUACUGCAGAGAAGAUCAGUAAUUGUCGAUGAUAAGCCAAUUGAUCAGGAAAUUAGUCUUGAAUCAAAGAGCCAGCACGAAUGGCUGGUGAAAUGGUGCGGUCUUGAUUAUGAUCUAGCGACAUGGGAACCUGAGGAUUUGUCUUUUUUUAAGAAACCUGAAACUCAACGAUUGAUUGAAGAAUGUGAAACACGUCAUAACAAAGCCCGGAACCCACCAUUAUCUGGAAAUAAUGAGGCUCAGGAAAAGAGAAAGGAUUCGCAUGUCAAUAAGCUUCGUGAGUAUCACCAUAAGGGGCAUAAUGCUGUUCUACUAGAUGAACAGGAUAGAUUUGUGAAAGUAAUCCAUUUUGUUUCUUCCUUAGUGACACAAGGUUCUCGGCCAUUUCUCAUCAUAUGUCCUAAUGCAUCUCUGCCAUCCUGGGAGGCUGAGUUUUUGCACUUAGCAGCAUCUAUCAAUGUUGUGGUUUAUGGUGGAAAUGCAGAUGCACGUCAUAUCAUAAGAAGUCUGGAGUUUUAUGUAGAUGGUGGUCAAGUAUUGCUUCAAGUACUUCUAUCUAGUGCUGAAGCUAUUGCUGAGGAUGUUGAAGAACUGAAAGGCAUUCGCUGGGAAGCUGUUAUUAUUGAUGACUCCCAACAGUCCUGUAUUUUGACUCAUUCUGGUUGUAUCAAUGAUUUGGAUACUGGAUGGAGAUUACUUCUUAUGAAUGCCCAUUUAAGGGAUAGCAUAACUGAUUAUUUAAACAUCUUGUCCUUGCUGGAUCCUGUUGGUGCCAAUCAAGAUCUUAAACUACUUUCUAACUCCAAUGCUGACAUUAAAGCAUUGAAAGAUAGAUUGUCCUCUUUCAUUAUUUGUGCAAGAUUUAUUGAAUAUUGGGUACCAGUGGAGAUCUCAAAUAUUCAGCUUGAACGGUAUUGCUAUUCUAUGCUGUCAGAAUUCUCUGCCCUUCGCACAUUUUGGAAGAGUGAUCCUGUGGGCUCCCUCCGUGAUAUUAUAAUUUCGUUACGAAAGUGCUGUGACCAUCCUUAUAUUGUGGAUUGGCAAUUGCAAGAAUCCCUAACCAAAGAUCUUCUCCCGGAUGCUAGGAUGAAUGUGGAUAUCCGAGCUAGUGGCAAGCUACAUUUUCUUGAAAAUCUUCUCUCUGAGUUAAAGGAGCGAAAAUUGAAAGUUCUUAUCCUGUUCCAGUCAACUGGUGGUACUGCAAGGGAUGCUACCUCAGUUGUUCUUGAAGAUUUUCUUGGGAGAUUUGGUUCAGAUUCUUAUGAAGCUGUUACAAGUUGCGUUAUCCCUUCCAAGAAGCUGGCCGCUUGCAACCAGUUCAACAGAUUAAGAGAGAGAUCCUUCUUUUUACUGGAGACACGAGUUUGUAGUCCAGCCAUUAAACUUUCGACAGUAGAUGCUGUUAUUUUAUUUGACAGUGACUGGAAUCUUCAUAAUGACCUAAAGGCACUUCAAAAAAUCACAAUAGAUUCAAAGCUUGAAUUGAUUAAAGUCUUUCGGUUGUAUUGCCCAUUUACUGUUGAAGAGAAAGUUCUUAUCCUUGCCAAGAAUGAUUUGAUCCUUGAUAGCACUCUGCAGGGUACUAGUCCAAGUACUAGGCACAUGCUUCUGAUGUGGGGCUCCUCAAAUUUGUUUUCAAGGCUAGAUGAGUUUCAUCGGGAUAAAAUUCUGGACUACAGAGACAAUAUUGUUUUCAGAUCUUCAUUUAUGAUUGAUGUUAGUAAAGAGAUCGUUUCUCUAAUUCAAGAUUGUAAUAAUAUUUACUCAAGUAAAUAUAUAUCAGUAGCACGACAAAAUGGUGGAUGUUAUCUCAAAUGUAUACCCUUGGUUGGAGAGCAGAAAAUUCAGCAAGAAGAAGUUCCACCACCUGAGUUUUGGACUAAGUUAUUGGAAGGAAAGCAGCCUCAGUGGAAGUAUCUUACAAGCUCAUCUCAGAGACACAGGAAGCGUGUCCAUUAUUCUGAGGAGUCUCCUUCAGAAGUUCAUAGUGAUGAAGUAGCAAAGAGGCGCAAGAAAAUGGAUGGUACUAAGAUUGAUUCUCCUUCCCAGCAAACUGAGCCAAGGCUAGAGAAACAAGAUUCUGGGAGCAAGGAGCAUCAAGAGUCUGGUGAUGUAGAGAAUCUGCAUAACCAGCUGGGGGAUCUUUUUGAAAUAUUGAAGCCAACUCUAUUAGACCUUUGUGAAGCUCUGCUACUUGAGGAUAAUGUGAAAAGAUUGGCUGAGGAAUUUCUCGAGUAUCUGGUGAAAAAUUAUCGAGUCACAAGAGAGCCCGAGACUACAUUACAAGCUUUCUUACUCUCAGUGUGUUGGACUGCAGCUGAGGAACUAAAGAACAAAAUUGAUCACAAAAAGUCACUUACCAUUGCCAGAGAGAGGUUGGGCUUUAAUUGCUUAGAACGUGACACUGAGAAAAUAAUUUCAAGGUUGAAGCCAAUAAUGGAUAAUUUUAUUUGUUUGAGAACGAAAAAUUCCAAGUCGGAAGGAAAUUUUGUUGAAUCACCACUAGGCAACAUGAAUAAUGCAACUGUAGAGCUUGAGGAACAUAUGAAGAAGUUUGAAAUGAAAUCUGGCAGGCAAAUGGAGAAGCUAAAAAAUAAACACUAUGAAGAACUUGAGAAAUUUGAAAAAUCCUGGGAGGAUUUGACGAUGAAGCUAGAAAAGUGGUGUAAAGCAGAGUCAACCACUAUUCGUUAUACUCACGCUAAUUCUGCAAUUAGAAUUGAUAAGUUGAAGGCCUUGGAUAAUGAUUAUGCUAAGAAAAGGGAAGAGCUAGAAAAGCAAAAAUCCAUCAAACUUAAAGAGCUUGAAGCUAGGCAAAAGGUUGAAAAGGAUUCAGAAGAGAAGAAGCUAGCUGGGUAUGUGAAACGACUUAACUCCUUGGGGUGCCAUAGGCUUUUGGAAGAACCUGAUGGUAAGAGUAGAGUAAAUUCUGAAGUUGCUGAACCAAUUGGACCAAAUGAAGAAUCAAAUGGAACUGUGGGUAUCAAUGGGAACCUCUCAAAGCAGCAAAGUUUCAAGGCAAAAGCAAUAGCGUCUGUACUUGCUGAAAAUCUGGAGAAUACAGAUGAGCAGAGAGUGAGUUGCUCAAGUGAUGAUUUUGUAGCAUCCAUAGAGAAUAUACCAGCGUCUAAGGGACCUAUUGGACUAGAUAAAGAAUCAAAUGGAACUGGAGGUAUCAAUGGAAAUUUCCCAAAGCAGAAAAAUCCUGAGGGAGAAGCAAUAGUUUCUGUGCUAGCUGAAAAUCUGGAGAAUACAGAUGAACAGAUAGAAAAUUGUGGGAAUGAUGAUGCGAUAACUGGUAUAGAGAGCGUACCAGCAUCUAAUGGGCCUGAUACUAGUACAUGUUCACCUGAACAGCCUUCUGCUCCUACUGGACAAAUUAAGAAAUAUACCACUCAAAUAGAUGACGUGAUAGUAGAUAGGUUGACUGCUGUAGAAAGCAACCCAAAUAAUGGAUCCAGUACAACAGGGCCAUUGCUCUCUCCAAUUGGUUCAUUCACGGAGCACCCAAAUGCUGUUGAGAGUCAGGGGCUUGGAGAUGAAUCUCAUAUUGGAGUGGGAGAACAAGUAGGACCUGCUACCAGGACACAUACUGCGCCUUUAGGUGAUACACCAUCUUUAAAUUGUCCCAAUCAUGUGCCAUCUGACCUUUUGCAUAAUGAAGAAGCACGCUGUUCUACCGAGGCUUCAUUCAAUGAGUGGGUUACACAUUACAAUGAUCAGUUGGGAGUUGCUCCUAAUAGGCUUGAUAGUCAGCCAAUUGGAAAUCAUACAUCUAUUGUGGGUACCACAACCCCAAGGCAUCAAGAUCAAAUGGGAGUGGCUCCAAAUGGUAGGCUUGAUAUGCCAAUAGUAAAUCAUGGAUCUAUUGUGGAUACCACAAUUCCAAGGCAACAAGAUCAAAAUAGGGGCCGUGUUUUAGGUGAACCUGUUUCACAGCCUUUUUCACAGAUGCCUGUUCAUGUUGUUCCUGCAAAUUUUUUCAUCCCGUAUGAAACUAAUGCACCAGUAGCAAGAGGAGCUGUCCCUGCACAUUCCGACCAUGCAAAUCGAGUGCAAAUGCCUACUAACUCUUUGUUUACGACACCCAACCAUUUUGAUCCACUUCAAUUUGAAGUAGAUAGAAUACGUAGAGAGAUGGGUAAUUUGAUGACCAUUCAUGAGCAAAAGAAGUCACAACUGAAAUCAGAAUGUGAUAAAGAAAUUGAGGAACUUGUUGCUCAAAUUAAGAGAAACUAUGACAAGAAGAUUGAUGAAGCUGAGGCAGCAUUUUCACUUAAAAGGAAGGAACUUGAAACAUGUCAGAACAAGGUCGUGAUGCAUAAGAUGCUGGCUGAGGCUUUUCGAUCUAAAUGCACCGACUAUAAGGCAGCUACAAAGAUGCCACAGCUAGGUAACUCUUCUAGUUCUGUAGAGAUUGCCUCGCAAUUACAUUCUACAAGACCUUUCUCUCCUGCUACGUCUCCUUCCAGUGUUCCACCUAGUGCUACACCACCUUUACAGGCUAUUCGUCCCUCUAUGACCUUAAGUGCUCAAGCCAGAAUUUCUCAUGUCGAUCCUGUAGCACUAACGGCAGGACAACAGCAACAAAUUAGGCGUGAAGCACUUGCCCCAGCCCCUCAUAUACAGCCCUUCAGAUCUGCUUCAUCUGCUAUUUCUUCCAGCUGUAUGCCUUCUGAUGCGUUGGUGCCACAGCCACCUAACAAUCCAACUUCUGACUUAGCACAGAAGCUCCCACCACAGCCACCUCCGCUGUCAGCACCAGUACAGCUAAACUCUCGUGGUCAGUCUCGCCAAGAAGAAUCAAUGGGAAGGGGUACACCACUUAGCUUAUCCUUGAGUGCAACACAGUUGCUAAUGGAUAUUACAAGGCGACAUGAUGCAAAUCUUCGUUCUAACAACGUACCCUCAUUGCCAAGUAAUGUGCGAAGUUCUGACACAUCCCGAUUUGAGGAAGCAACAAAUGUGCAACUUUCUUCGUCUAAUUUACAAAAUGGAGAUGUGGUCUGUUUAUCUGAUGAUGAUUAAUUAUUGUGACAUUCUAGGUUCCCUAACCUUCAAUUUGUUGUAACUCUUAGAUCCUAUUUUCAGCUUGGGAUUAAGAAUUAUAGUAGUCUGGGUCUGCAAGUUGUAUACAGUCCACUGUUAUUGUAGCUAUAGGUUAGCAGCUAAUGUAACUAAUUGCGAUUAAUUUGAAAUGAAAUAGGUUUC